AUGAUUAAAGGAAUCGGUGUUGAUAUAGUACAUAUCCCUCGAAUAUUAGAGCUAAUAAACAAAUAUUCAACUAAAAAGUCAACUCUUAAUGCAAUUGCAAGGAAAGUUAUGUGUUCUCGUGAGAGAGAAAAGUUUCAAAACUUAAUGAGAAAUUUGGAUGUCCAUUGUGAAGUACAAAAACAACAAUGCGUUACAUAUAUGGCUGGUAUUUGGGCUACUAAGGAGGCAUUAUAUAAAUCUAUGACCCAUUUCAUUCCACCACAUGAUAUGCUGCCAGCACAAAUGAUUUACACUAAGUUAUUUUAUAAGUCGAAUAAUCAAAUCACAGGAGCACCUCAAGUUCAAAUUGUAAAUCCAUUGACUACUGAGUGUCAACUGCUGUAUGAAAAAUAUUUAAAAGAUACUAACAUUUUGCUGUCUAUUUCACAUGAUGGCGAAUAUUUGAUUGCAUAUACUUCAAUAUGUGCUUCUUAA